UAUUUAAUUGCCGUAUUUCUGGAUUUGUACUUUAUGUGCUUCUUCUUUCCUCCCUUGAUAUUUUCCUAGGCAGUCCUGUUCAGAAUGAGCAAGGCUUUGUGGAGUUCAAAAUUUCCGGGCCUCUGCAGUACAUGUGGUGGUACCAUGUGGUGGGCCUGAUUUGGAUCAGUGAAUUUAUUCUGGCGUGUCAGCAGAUGACAGUGGCAGGAGCUGUGGUAACAUACUAUUUUACUAGGGAUAAAAGGAAUUUGCCAUUUACACCUAUUUUGGCAUCAGUAAAUCGCCUUAUUCGUUACCACCUUGGUACGGUGGCAAAAGGAUCUUUUAUUAUCACAUUAGUCAAAAUUCCGCGAAUGAUCCUUAUGUAUAUUCACAGUCAGCUCAAAGGAAAGGAAAAUGCUUGUGCACGAUGUGUGCUGAAAUCUUGCAUUUGUUGCCUUUGGUGUCUUGAAAAGUGCCUAAAUUAUUUAAAUCAGGUAAAAUAUUUUAAAAAUAAAUCUAAUAUUUACUUUCAAAGAUAGGUUCAUUGUUUCUUC